AUGAGUUUCUUUCCCAGGAUACUCUGGCUGCGCCGUACUUGGCUUAGACUUGUUGUCCCUCUUCUGUUUUUCGUGCUGUCUAUUGACCUUUUCCUUACCGUCGCAGUCCAUCCUCAGCCAAAACGAGUGUCUGCAAUAGAAACUGUUCUAACAAACAUAUCUAACCCUCGCAUAUUCAUCGCCAGCAUUCAUUGGAACAACGAAGUCGCAAUACGUUCUCACUGGGGUGUUGCCGUCCUGGACCUUGUGAGGUAUUUGGGGCCUGAAAAUGUCUAUAUCUCUAUUUUAGAAAGUUGUAGUUGGGAUGGCUCAAAAGACGCUUUGAGAGAGUUGGACCUCCAACUGGAAGAGCUAGGAGUGCAGAGAAGUAUUGAGUUACUCGAAUCGACGCACAAAGAUGAUAUUGAGCGUACGCCAAAACCUGGGGAAGAAGGCUGGAUUUGGACAAAAAGGGGGAGAAAGGAGCUCCGGCGAAUACCAUACUUGGCGGGGAUGCGAAACCAAUUGAUGAAAAAAUUGAAUGACUUGGCGGAAGAUUCGAAGGAGCGGAAGGGACAGAGGUUCGAAAGGGUCUUAUGGUUGAACGAUGUUGUUUUCACGACGGAAGAUGUUAUCACUUUGAUUGCGACAAGAAAUGGCAACUAUGCCGCGGCCUGUUCACUUGACUUUUUGAAACCGCCCUCAUAUUACGAUACCUUUGCUCUACGCGACAUCUUUGGCGACAAAACCGUCACUCGAAACUGGCCAUAUUUUCUCGCUUCUCAAUCGCGGAAAGAGUUGAUCUCGAAUGAUCCAGUGCCCGUGAAAUCGUGCUGGAACGGAAUAGCUGUCUUCAAGACAGAUCCAUUUUACGAUAAUCCACCUUUACGCUUCCGAGGAAUUUCUGAUAGUCUUGCUACUUAUCGUUUGGAAGGCUCGGAGUGCUGUCUUAUUCACAUUGACAAUAGAUUGAGCUCGAAGCUAGGCGUAUGGCUGAAUCCAAAUGUAAAAGUGGCAUAUAAUACUAAAGCCUACAUGACUGUGAAUCCGGAAAUAGGUUCAUGGCCGAAAAAUAUUGAGAGGGUGCAAGGAAUUUGGCACAAUAGAUUAGCACGAUGGAGUGGCUUCCCGGGGAGAUUCCUAGAGGAAUUUACAAUCGGAAGGAAAAUACGACUGUGGCGCGAUGUGGAGGGGCGUAAGGAAAAAGACGAGCUCCAUAACGAUGAGCAUUACUGUAUGGUUAGCGAGACCCAAGUGGUCGUUGAGAAUGGGUGGGCACACCUAUGA